UUGGCUCACCACCUCGACCGCGAACCGACUCUGUCUCAGCAAUCCAGCCAAAUGACGCAGAUCCGGAUUCAGGAUCCUGCUCCACCGCUCUUCUUUUGCCGACAGUCGUAACAUUGUCAGCAACACUCCCGAUAUGGCCCCGGCAGCCGACCUCGCCGCGGACUGCAUCCCCCAGCAGCAGCAGCAGCAGCAGCAGCAGCAGCAAGUAGACAACCGGCCGCCUGCAGCGCGAGGAGGUAGUUCGUGUGCUGACGACGGCGAGCAGCUAAAACACAAGAAGCCUCAGCCUGUAGCGCGCCCGGAACGGAGCCAUCGCAGCAGACACAGCAUAGGCGGAGGCGGCGAUCUCGGCGGUGAUUUACACACCAAAGACCCCAACGAGAACCUGUUUUGGUUCGAGAACUUGGACGUGUCUGAUCCGCUGGACUACUCUGCUCCUCUUCCCCUCGUCGACGUCGCCUUCCCAACCGACCCCCCCACCGAACCCACCACCGCCCCUCCACCCACUCCCGUCCCCCCCAAAACAUCUCGUCCGCUCUCCCCAGCCUCUCUCAAAUCCCUCCGCGGCUCCUCCACGAUCUCAACCCGCAUCCGCACCGACCCCCUCUCCGACCCGAAAUUCCACGCCGCCCACCGCCGCGGCGAGCGCGAGGAACGGCAUUACCAGAACUUUGAACGCGAUAAAGUGAUGUACGAGAAACUGCGGUUCGAGCGACAACUCGAUAGACUGAACGGUCAUGACUGGGCAAAGGUCGUCAUGUCGAUGACGCCGGUUGUGGAUGCGCGCGACGAGGGCGAGUUGGGGAUCAAGCGGGACAGAUUGGUUGCUGAGCUAUCGGCCGUGCUGAGGAAGUUUGAUCGCUGGAAGGAGCAGGAGAAGAGACGGAAGUCGCUUGCUGAUCAUAGUCAGGGCGACGAUACCGAUUUCGAAGCUCGGAGACAGCGGUUGGAAGAAAGGAAGGCGAUAUUCCGCUGCAUCGUCGGGCCCGACAAGUCGUCGUCCCGAACAUCGACUACUACUGCUACUACUACUCCCACCACCACCACCCAUCCCCGAGGCCGUCCCAAGAAAGCCACCCGUCACCCAAAGAAGACUGACCACGACCGCUCAUCCCCCCCACCACCGCCCAAACGCGCUCGCGUGAAGAAAGAGCACCCACCAAAACCCCUCUUCAGCAAAUACAAAUACCACAGUCCCCGCGCCGGCCCUCUCGCGUUCGGCCAACCGAUUCCCAGAAUGACAUACGAACCGUUUGAGAUCCCCGCGUCUUGGAUCGAGGCGCGACAAAGGCUUGGAAAGAGCGCGUUUGAAGAUACCUCUGAUGAGCAGGUGAAGACGAGCGAUGAUGUUGAUGAUAAUGCGCUAUGAUUUCUUCUUCUAUUUCUCUCUAGUUCUUGCAUACUUCUACUACCAGCAUCUAAUCUCACUACAUCUACAUCUACAUAUAACCAUCUUCUAGAUUUAUAUAUAACUUCGAUUUUUGCUUUUAAA